CUCGUUACCUAGGUACCUCGUCCUAUCUAGCCCGGCUGCCUAGUACAAUUUCAGGUGUUCGAAAUAACCUGGUCACGCCCAAUAGUUCCACAUAAAAUAUAAGCUGGGUUCUACUGGUCGCAUUUCGCAACUCGUUUCAUCACAAAUUCAACAUCAACUCAACACGAUUUCAAUAUGGUGGGCGUGCCUAGAUCUAAACGGUGCCAGCGCUGCAAGCGCAUUAAAGUCAAAUGCGACGAAAAUUGGCCAAACUGCACUCCUUGUGUACGAGCCAAUGUGCCUUGUUCUGGUCCCCCAACUUUGACCAAGUUUGUCCACCACAAAUCAACCGAUGAAACAUUGGUCGGAGAUAAAACCGAAGGCCGGUUUUCGGCAGCGGAAAUGCCGGUCGGUAAUUUAGAAAGUCUUCGACAUCGAAACUUGCCCGGCGGCGCCUCAUUCGGUCAUUUCCGUUUAGCCUCCGAUGAACCACGGAAAAAUCUUACUACUGUAGCUGACCGUGUAGGAGCCCGUCUAGUGAGGUUCGUUGAUCAUGAGGACGCGCCGUGGGAUAUGCUGACUUACGCUGGCUACAUGAAAUAUAUCCCGGGCCGUUUAAGCGAAAGUGCUGCAUUACGAGAUGCCGUCGCUCUGAUGUGUUCUACAUGGGCCAACGCCCGACGGAAUGUCCCAACUAACCAGCUCAUCGAUCCUAGCCUCUAUGGCAAGGCUUUGCGAAACCUGCAACGCGCUCUUGACGAUCAAAAGCAACAAAUUACCGCUGAAACUCUAGCUGCGGUGACAAUCCUCGAACGGCUAGAUGGCGUAUUUGACACCAAAUAUCCCUACAAUGUAUCAACGCACGGUGUCGGAGUCGCGGGCUUGAUGGCGGUGCGGGGGCCACCAAAUAUUGAGGACGAGUUAGAUAUUCACCUCGCGACUGAGAAUCAUGCAGCAUUAAUAUCCCAUUUGGCUUUCAACGGCGGUGACAACUUCUAUCUUCGUUCGCCAUGGAAGGAAGUCAUGACGCAAGCGCGGGUACGAUUAAAGAAAAUUGUAUCGAAUGAGCGACUGGACGGUUAUGCGAUAGGUCGUUACUUCGGAUAUUGGCCUGGUCUAAUCCACAGCCUUCUAAAUAUUUCUGAAGACCCCGAUAUCAACACAAGACAAGCACAGGCAGAAGCCCUUCAACGCCUAGUCACGAACUUCGACACACAAGUUCAGAAUACUUGCGAGCCCAUCACGCAAAGAGCCUUUAAUGCUGGUCGCAUUAACGAGCUGCCAGACCCGGAAUCUCCAAUUGGUACAAAGCUACAUUUCAAGAGCUUAGAUAUCAUGUCCUUUUUCCUAUCAUAUGUAUGGAUGCGUAUCAUGUUAAAUCGAAUGCUGGAUCACCUUGCGGGGCUAUUAGGAGAGUCAAAUGACCUUUUGGAAGCGGAAAACCGAGAACUCAGCAAACAAAUAUGGAUGUGCAUUCCGUUUUUAAGAAGCCUAGGCAAGGUUCCUUAUGUCUUUUCCAGAACACCGAUAAUCAUAUCAUACGAGGGGGGCAACGAAGUCGAGAGAGAAUACAUCCUAGAUAAUUUGAUGGGAAUGCCGGUAUACUCCACAAGGGCUUUUCCGGCAGACAAAAAGACUCUAGAAGCUCAUGUUCUCAGUCUAGCAAAAGCUAUGUCUGGUCGACAACGGAUCACUGUUACGCCACGAUAGGAGAGUGGGUAGAGCAGGAUACCGAACAUUUCAUACACAUGUGAUCCGACCAAAUGGUCAUUUUUUAACGGGAGGCUUAUAUAAUAUUACGAUUCCGCUCAAUAACAUAUACCCAGAGGGAUAGGAUAUUUUCGAUAUAUUUAAUUGGAAUAUUUCAUCUAAUAUUUUAUCUAAUUAAUUUCACGCACGGGGCAACUUCGUUCAGGUUUUCGGCGAGAGAAAAUACUGC